CACGGAUCCCUAUAAACUGACAUGUUCCAACAGUCUUCGGAAGCAGUAUUCGAUGGUUGACUGGUCCGAUUCUCAAGAAAUUAUGCGUGACACUCUGGCAUUUGACCGAGUUGUCUUUUGUUUUUUGGGGGUCACGCUUUGGGAAUUAUUCUCCACUUGGGACUUCGAAUGGUCCCUUUUGCGGGGGCGACGUAAACUCCGUUGGCCUUUGGUAUUCUUCUUCCUAUCCCGCUAUUGUAUCUUGUUGGCUUUCGUUGGAAUAAUUGUCUCUCUAUCUGUCACGACUCGGAUCAAUUGCGGAGCACUCUAUGUGUUCAACUCGUGGGCUGGAAAUAUGACUCUGUUAUGCUCUUCGACGUCUCUCAUGCUUCGAACUAUCGCCUUGUGGGAGCGCAAACUGACCGUUGUAGUUCCGCUUGGUCUGUUGUGUGUUGCAUUUUGGGCAAUCCUUUACCGCACUAUGUUCAUAGUGCGAGCGGAUUGGAGCGACAUCGCUCGAAGCUGCGUUGUAACUUCAACCGAGCCUUCGUUGCUCAACGUAACUUUCUUUUUUACUAUGGGAUUCGACUUUGUGAUCCUCGUUUACACCUAUGUCGCGCUGGUCACAAAACAUACUGCACGUACAGAUCUAUGGAAACUUCUGUUUCAUGAUGGACUCGUGUAUUUUUUGGUGACCUUCUGUGCUAAUUGUAUUCCGGCGGUAUUCAAUGUUCUGAACCUUAACACUCCUAUGAACGUUGUGGCCACAACCCCAGCGGCAGCUGUAAGUUCUAUCGCGUCCUGUCGGGCCGUCAUGAGGUUGUUGGAUUACACGUCCGGUGACGUCUACGUGCAUUCCGUGUCUGGUGCCGGUCAGUCUUCCGGAAACAACGGUACUCGUCAAGGACACCCUCGUGCAUCAGCUAUGGUCCCAAAGUUCGCGACAGCGCGGCCGGAAGUAUUGGUAACUACUGAGCAUAUCACUAUGUCAGAGUUCGUGACGGACUCCGACUCACCUUACACAAAAACUAGUCAUUCCAUUGGGAACGACCUUGAGAUCGUCGAAGCUACUGAUGAUCACAAAACAUCCCGGAAUUCUUCUGAAUGCACUUCGCUCGUUUGACUGCUGAAGAUUGUAGACGAUUCGGUUCUUAUGUAGUUCUCGUUGGAACUGUCAGCUUUGUCCAGUUUGAAUGAUCCAAAAGGUGU